AUGGAGAAAAUACCCCGAAAUUCCCCUACACAAUACGAAAACGGUGUAUCAAAUUCUUACCCCAGCGAAUUGGAAUCGAAACCAGAGAUGAUGAAUGGAACAGAUUCUGGUCAGAGAGAGAGAAAGAGGCGGGUGUUUUUUAUUUCCGUCACCGGCAGGUGA